CUGUACUCUCUUUUUUUCUAUCUCGCCAACCUGACUCUUAGAAUUUGGAAACGGUGCCUGUUACAAAGCUCGAUUUCUUUCGCUUCUUACGUUCUUCCUCUCCCACGUGGCUCUGGAUUCCCACCUCAAAGGAUAUGGAGAUAGGAAUUGCGCUUGCGAGAACGGGCAGUCACGUUCGUCGGUCUGGUCACUUUUAGAAUUGGUGGCUUUUCCCAUCGGACCAUUUCGUCCCAUCGGACCCACGUCGCGCUCUUGCAUCCACCGGGGUAUCUUUCUGCCCCCCCUCUCUCUCUCGUCUCGUCUUGAUCUAUAGCGACGCACCCAGCACUGCUCUUUAAGCGGAUUCGUUGAGAGUAAGAGCAUACAUCUCGCAAAGCGUGGCCAAGAAUGGAGCUCCCCACCGGCUCUUCGCGCGCAGGCCCCGCUCCACCCGCAGCGUCCUCCUCGUCGCCGACGUCGUCGUCGUCGUCGUCGUCGCUGAGCGCCGCCUCGCUCGAGUCGCUGCGCGAACCCAUCCUGCGGAUCCUCCGAUCGAGCGAUCUGGCAUCGAUCAGUGCCAAAAAAGUGCGGACGGCGCUCGAGGAGCGCGAGGGCGCCCUCAUGCGGCGCAUUGGCUUCCAGCCGGCGUCCAAGGAGCACAAGAGCGCCGUCGAUGGGGUCACGAAGCGAUGCUUUGACGUCAUUUCUGCAGAUGGCGGCAGCAGCCAGGCGUCGGUAAAGGCCGAGGAGGGAGAUGUCAAGCCGAGGUCCGCCACGAGUGCCGGUGGAGGCGGCGGCGGCGGCGGCGGCGGUGGCUUGGCCUUGCCCGGUCUCGGAGGCGUGCCCGGCUCCCACUCAACUCCGUCCUCUUCGGGAACCGCGACUGGAAAUGGGGGCGGCGCCCGCUUGCCGCCCCAGCCACGGCCGCCGUCAGUUGGGUCCUCGUCGGCGGCGAAUGGGGCCAAGAAGAAGCGCCGGGCAGACGAUGUCGUGUCCUCCGAGGAGGAAGACGCAGAGUCGGCCGCGGCUGCCGCUCGCCGAUCGAAGUCGUCCAAGAGCAGUGGGGCAACAGCAGCAGGAACAGCCAAGAAGAAGAAGAAGAAGGCAAAGGGCGCAGACGACGGAGAGAAAAAGGCGCCGAAUCCGAACAAUCCGUUCAACCGGCCGCUCAGACUCAGCAAGGAGCUCAGCCAGGUUUGCCAGGGCGAGGUAAUGCCGCGGUUCGAAGUCACGAAGAAGCUGUGGCAGUACAUCAAGGGGAACGAGCUACAGAAUCCAGAAAACAAGCGCCAGAUCUUGUGCGAUCCGACGUUGAAAUCCCUCUUUGGCAAGUCAACCGUCGACUCUUUCGAGAUGUCGAAACUCAUCGGCCCGCACCUGACAAAAAUUGAGACAAAGGAAGAGUGACGCCGCGGGCUCCUUCUUCUCAGGCCCCCCCUGCUCUCGCCCUCUUACGCCUUCCUUGCCGUGGUUCAAUCUCUGCUCAUGUUAUUUUAAAGCCC